CGACGGCUGGGGACCGCAGGUAAGCCGCGGAAAACACUCGGGGGAAGGUGUCUUGUGAUGCCCAGCAGUGGUGCCUCGGCUGUCAUCACAUUGUGGUGCCAUCCCCGCACCAGACUGGAAGAGUUGCCUGGUUGGGGCUCGCCAAGGUCGCUUCCCGCUGAGUCUGGUCUGCCCCGCACCGCCCCGGAUCUUGGCAUUCACUCAAACCUUAACGUUACAUUAUAGCGGCAGCUCCUCUGACAGACGGCCUUGAGAAAUGGUUUCCACGCUGCGGCACAGCUCGACCUCAUCCCUUUCACAAGACAAGAAGCUCGUUGAUGAGCAACGGAACCAUGGAGUCCGCAACAUAAAAAAGUUGACCGAAUGGUCUGACACUUGUUUUGCUCUGGAAUCCAGUUUGUACUCAAGUCGGUCGAUCCAAUCGUCGCGAUGACCCGAGACAUACCGCUACCAGGUAUGAACGAAGAGCUAAGGCGACUGCAUAGCUGGGUUUCUGCAACGCAGCUUUCGGACCUGAAGAAUACAAGCCACGGUCGACAGCCGCAUGAGGUGCCCAGUAUGACUGCCCUCUCUCCGUUUAGCCCUUGGCGCGGGGCAGUGCAGCUGAAGCCUUUAUCUUGCUCCUCCCUCGACGGCGUGUGCGCUACCGACCGGUUCCACACCACUGCGCUCGCUGCCAACGUCCUGCGAUCGGCCGCACACAUCAAGAACGCCGCCGACGAGUUCCAGAACGGCCCCAGCGUGGUCCCGACAUCGAGCACGAGCGAUGACUUCGAAGCCUUGUUCAGCCGCCGCGAUUGGAAGGUCAAGCUUGCCGUCUCGUGGAAAGGCCUUGAGCUUCCUGCUUACACUUCGAGGGAACUGGACUCAGUGGCCUCGGCUAUCGGCUCUGAAGACAGCGUCCUCGGAGACCGGGAGUCGGUGGUCAGCCACACGCGUUUUGACUUCGACAACGUUUCGAUGAAGAAUGCUCCAAAGAUGACUAAGGAAAACCCCGCUGAAGCCUUUUCCAAGUCGAUCGCCUUGCCCUCCGUCACGGAGACUGUCGAAACGACUGCCAGAUCUACGGCGACCGAUGCUGAGUCUACGGCCCGGUUGGGCGUCACAGCUGAAGAGCACGACGCUGUCGUUAAGGAGCUCCGAAAAGCCGAGGCCCUGAUUGAGGUGCUCCAAGACCGGAUAAACCAGUCAUCCUGCGUCCCGACGAAGGAGCUAGGCCAGCCAACUCCGUUGUUAGUUGAGGAAACGUCCACCUCCGAGGGCAACGCCGGUAAGAACUCUCUCGGCUCUACGGUUGAGCCAAAUGGAAAGGAACCCGCUGUAUGGCGAGGCGAGACCGCAGUCGCCACCGCAGCCGACAAAAGCAUGAGCAGGGGCGGCGAGCUUGUACGUGCCGAGCGACUGAGCACCGGCGAGCUGGUGCUGUAUGACGAGGAGCUCCAGGUCGUUCAGGCCGUCCUAUACCCGUCCGCCGUCCCAGAACCAGGCCUGGAUUCCCACGCCGUCCCAGAAGCGCUAGACACCGUCAAGUCUGGCCGCAGGCCAGAGCAUUCGUUCCAUACGAACUUGCGAAUCGAGUAUCACGCGCCGGAAAGCAGCAGGGCCGAUAAAGCCGAGAACAGACAAACCAUUGCCGGGAGUUCUCAUUACCUUCAGCACCAACCUUGA